AUGUCAGAUCCCUUUGCUCUCUGGCUGGUCUACUGCUCUUCUAUGGUCGAGGACUAUCUCCAUGCUUUUCAACAGAUAGAAAAUGACUUUUCUCUUGAGUCAACUGAAGUCAUGUAUGACAGAUGUCUGUGGAGCAUUGAAAGCUACAUGUCAGCCAAUGGUUUUUCUCUCACUUCCUUUUCUGAGUUUGUUCUCACCUCAUUGCCAGACUCCUCGGAUACCCAGAUCCCUGCCAGUGGAUUGAAAACAUUGAUUGAUAAGCAAGAAACCCUUUGCACAAAGGCUUUGUCUUUGCCUGAUUCAGACACGCUCUCAUUCAAUGAGAAACAGCAAGCAGUAUACUGUGUAGUCAUGGAAGCAGUUGAAGCAAGCUCUACAACCCUAAGAUUGUAUUUUGUUAAUGGACCAGGUGGCACUGGAAAGAUCUUUUUAUUCAAUGCCAUGCUCAGAAAAGUUCGUGAACAAGACAAGAUUGCUAUUGUGGUAGCUACUAGUGGAAUUACAGCUCUACUUUUAGAUAGUGAUCAAACUACUCAUUCCAGGUUCAAGAUUUCCCUUGACAUUAAUACUGACUCAAUGUGUUCCAUUCCAGUCAGCUUUGAUAUGGCAAAGUUGAGCAGGAAAAUAGAUUUAAUUGUUUGGAAUGAGAUCUUUAUGGUCAGCAAGAAUCUUAUUAAUGCUGUCAACUGUUGCAUUCAAGAUGUCAUAAAGUUUGUUGACCUCUUGCUCGAGUCUGUUCCUUUUAGUGGCAAGCUUUUGGAAAUGACACAACUUAAUGUGUUUGCUGCCCUUCUCUUAACUGCUGGCCAUAAUAUCAAUUACUUGACCAGAGCAAUCUUCUGCGAUCUUUCUAAUAAUGUCAGUAAUUUCAGCUUCCUUACGGGCCAUGCAAUCUUGAACUCAAAGAAUGCAGAAGUUAAGAUCAACAACAUCAUUAUGAAACUGUGCUCUGAACAAAAAACCAUGUUCAAGAGUUUAAUAAAUGUCUCAGCAAAGAUGAUUAGUUAA